AUGAGUACCGCUGGAUUCAUCAAGUGUGUCACCGUCGGCGAUGGAGCAGUGGGCAAGACUUGCAUGCUAGUCUCCUACACUAGCAAUACCUUUCCAACGGACUAUGUGCCAACGGUGUUUGACAACUUCAGUGCUAAUGUGGUGGUGGAUGGCAGCACAGUUAACCUUGGACUAUGGGAUACUGCUGGGCAAGAGGAUUACAACAGACUUAGGCCUUUGAGUUACAGGGGUGCAGAUGUGUUCUUGUUGGCCUUUUCUCUCAUCAGCAAUGCUAGCUAUGAAAAUAUUUCAAAGAAGUGCAUCCCCGAGUUGAGGCUUUAUGCCCCAACUGUGCCUAUCAUUCUUGUUGGAACAAAAAUGGAUUUACGAGAUGACAAGCAGUACUUGAUAGAUCAUCCUGGCGCUACUCCAAUCUCAACAUCACAGGGGGAAGAACUGAAGAAGAUGAUCGGUGCUGCUGUUUACUAA